CACACACACACACACACACAUGCAGAAACAAACGCACACUGUCAGACCUAUAAACAAGCGCACACUUUCUAUACAAAACGAAAAAGAGACUCGAGGAAAUAUUUGAUGUAAACGACAGUUGCAACAGUUCUCAAACUACAAAUACAAAAGCAAGCACUCAAUAUUAAAUAUUUACUUUUAGAAAUUCAUAUUCACAUUCAACAAUAAUAACAGUAAAAGGCCCAGUGGACUGUGAGGGGCGCAAGAUCGAAAUUCCACGGAAAAUAAUCUUCAUUAUUUUACCAAGUGGAGUAUAUACAUACAUACAUACAUACAUACAUACAUAUAUAUGCGUGUAUGUUGCGCAUGCACAUAAGGCAACAGCUGGUCGAGAUAUUUACUGUAAACAUAAAGUUCAACCGCGAAUCGAAAUCCGCUUGCCGUCGCCGUCGCCCUCGCCCUCGCCCUCGCCCCCAGCAGCAAGAGAUUCCAUUAGUUUAGUUUAGUCUUUUUUUUUUUUUUGGAUUACUUUUGGUUUCUCCUCUCUUCGACGUACCUUGACUCCCAUAUAUGUGUGUGUGUGCACUGGUGCGCCCUAACCCAAUCGAGAGUCGCUGCCCACUUCGCACUGGAGCAUGCUGUUGCAUUGAGGCGCCAUCACUGUCAUCACUACCAUCAUCAUCAUCAUCUUCGUCAUCACAUUGAGCUUGGGCCCAGGUCCGGGGGAACCAGUGGAACGCUCGUCCCGUUGCUGCUGAUAAGCGAGGCUCACGAUGUCCACAUCCGUUUCGCAGGCCGAGAAGAGCCUGUUGCGCGGCCUGAACCGGCUGCGCUCCCAGGGCAAGCUCACAGAUGUCACGCUCAUCGUCGAGGGGCAUCGCUUCAAGGCUCAUCGGGUCGUGCUGGCGGCCAGCAGCGAUUACUUCUGCGCCAUGUUCGCGGACUGUGCCAUGAUUGAGUCGCGCAAGGAGGAGGUCACACUGUAUGGCGUCUCGGCUCGGGCAAUGAGCCGCAUCAUAGUUUAUAUAUACACAUCACUGCUGGAGCUGAACGUGGACAAUGUGGAGGAGACGCUCGCCGCGGCCACCCAUGUCCAGGUGAAGGAGGUCAUCGAUCGCUGCACCGUCUUCAUGGAGCAAAAGAUUAGCAUGGACAAUUGUCUGGCCAUCGCCAGCAUGGCUGAGAUCUAUGGCCAAUUUGCGCUGGCCGAGCGCGCCUAUCGCUACAUCUGCGCCCACUUGAAGGAGUUUGCGACCACCAGCGAUUUCAAGGAAAUGAAACUGGAGCAGCUCCACUAUAUACUCUCCUGCAACUAUCCGAUCGAUAUACCCGAACUGGAGCUGGUGCGUCUGCUGUGCAGCUACGGCUUCGAGCUGCAGCUGAAGGAGGAGGCACUGGUCGAACUGUUGCGCCUCAUCAAAUGGGAGUUCAUCAGCACUGAGGAAAUGAAGACGCUGCGCUAUCAGAACCACUCGCUGGUCGAGGAGUAUCUGGCCAAGGUGCAGGAGACCAGCAUCAGCCAGGAGACCAUCAACGCCUCGCUUGAUCUCUGCCUGAGACUAGGCCAGGGGCCGACAAAUAUGCGCGGCAUGGAGCUGAGUCUGCUCAAAAUCGGCGGCUUCGAGUGGAAGGGCCUCACCAAUGAGAUUAUGUGCUUCUCCACAAGCAAAAUGAAGUGGUACGAGUUGACCGCCAUACCGCACAUUGAUCAAUGUGAGCAGCAAUCAAGUCAUCCCCAUCGGGAUCAGCUUCGUCUGUUUCGAUUGUCUCUCAUUAUCCAUCACCCAACAGGUAAUUUCGGCACAGCCGUGCUCAACAACGAGCUCUUCAUAGUGGGCGGCGCCUAUGACGUCUGCCUGAAGGAGUACAUCCAUCCGUUUGGCUUCCGCUACUGUCCGCUGCGCGACUCCUGGGUGACCAUAGCUCCCAUCCAGCUGGAUCGCUGCCGUUUCUCGCUCAACGCUGUGGGCAAGCAGUAUCUGUAUGCAGUCGGCGGCAGCGUGGAGUACGAGGACAGCUCGGAGGACGCACUGCGUCGCAUGUCCAAUGUGGAGCGCUACGACAUCGUCACUAACACAUGGACCUAUAUGCCCAGCCUCCAGGAGAAUCGCAGCCAGCAUGCCGGCGUCGUGGUGGGCGACAAGCUCUACAUAUCUGGCGGCAUACACCUGGCCACCAUACUGGCCAGCACCUGGUGCUUCGAUACGAAGACCGAGUGCUGGCAGGAACUGGCCCCCAUGCCCACGCCCUGCUGCGACCACGUCCUGGUGGCCAUCGACAAUCGCAUCUAUGCGUGCGGCGGCUGGCACGAGACCAUGCGCGAGUCCCGAGUGCUGGUGGAGCACAUCUACGCAUACGACAUCCCAACCAAUUCAUGGAGUGUGGAGACCAAAAUACCCGCACCCAAAUUCUACUCGGGCGUCACCACAAUGCGUCGCACCAUCAUCUUUGUGGGUGGCCUGGACUCGACCGAGUCCAUAGACCGUGCCAGUUCGGAGACAAUGGCCUACGAUGUGGACACUGGCAAAUGGUGGCAUCACAAGGACUCGUGGGAUACGCCAAACGAUGUCUGGGAAUCCACAUGCGUGACCAUGUACGUGCCCAGCUGUGUCUCCUAGCGACGCAUCCCACAGCGCGCCUCCCUUGACGAAUUUACGCGACAAUUCAUAGCAUAAUAUGCCAGUGCAUAUCCACGCACACACACACACACACACAUACACAUACAUAUACAUAUACAUAUAUAUAUAUAUA